AUGUCGACCAACAAGGACCAGACUUCCACCGCUCAGUCGUACCUCGACCAAGCCACCGGCGCCAUUCAAAGCGCCCUCGGCUCUCUGACAGGCAGUACAGCAGACAAGGCACAAGGCGAAACACGCAAAACCGAAGCCGCCGCCGAAAAGGACCUGUCGCACGCGACCGCCAAAGCCGGCCCCUUCACUACGACCGCCGCGGGCGGCAUCGCAAAGGACGACCCCAACCGGAGCGCGGGCAGCUGGAACCAGAACGUGGGCGCGCUGAAGGAGAGCGUGGGCGGGUUUGUCGGCGCAGAGGGGCUGAAGCAGGCGGGCAUUCAGCAGAAUCAGGAGGGCAAGGCGCAGGAGGCGCAGGGCCAGCUAUCUGAUCUGGGCAAGGGCGUGCAGGAUCGUGUUGGCGGUGCGAUUGGAGGCGCCGUUGCGGGGCUCACGGGUAACGACGCGCAGAAGGCUGACGCGCAGAGGCAGCAUGACGAUGGCAAGGCGCGGCAGAGGGGUGUUGAGGCCGAUCUGCAGAAGCAGGCGCCGCAGUAG